AAAUACCGCUCUCGAAACUUGAAUGGACAGAAGACUCAAGUUCACACACGAGCUCUAAAUGAACUGGACCAAAGUCUUUAUUUUGCAAUUGGUGUUUCAGCCCUGUCUCCAAGCAGUCCCGCUAACCACGAAUGCUGAACAAGCCUCAUACAGAGGCGAAUUGGGAGGAGACGUGAUGAUGGGUUGCCGCUUCCACCCUUUGUCACCGCAUCCCUAUGACGAUUUGAUGAUGGCCUGGUACUGGAUCUCAGGGUCUCAGUUUCGGGAGGUGUACCGCCUGGAUCAGGGGAAGGAGCAAGUUUCCUUCCAGCAUCCGGACUUCAGGGGUCGCGCCAGGGUCCUCAUGGAUGGGAUUAAAGACGGCUGGGCCAGGCUGCAGGUGUCCGGGCUUCGCAUCAACGACACGGGAAUCUACCAGUGCGUGGUGCGGACAAGGAACGGGGCUGACUUCAAGGACAUUAAGUUAUCUGUCACUGCACCUUAUAAAACGGUCACAAAAAGCAUUUCCAAGUCGGCGGCUGGAGGCGAGCUCGUGUUAAGCUGCCAAUCCGAGGGCUACCCGGUGUCCACGGUGGCCUGGGAGGACGCUCACGGUCAAAAGCUCAAUGCCAGCACUGCCGUUGUGACAACCGCGGACCACCUUUUCAGCAUCACCACUCAGGUACGGGUGGGAUCAUCGCAGAAAAACAACUACACAUGUAGUUUUCACAGUAACAGCUCCUCUGCGAAUUUUCUCAUCCCAGAUGAAACACAGCUACAGAAGGAAAACACAAACAAUGCAAAUGUAACCCAGAUUGCAUUUGGCACAUGUAUUGGAAUAGCACUGAUCGGCCUCAUUAUAGUGCUAAUUCAUUUGCGCCGAAAAGGUUUUUCCAGAAAAGAGCAAAAGACAUCAGUGACGCAACUGGAGGAGCAAACAUGUAGUUUUUUUUUACCAAAGGCAACUGAUUUAAUUUAGUUUGUAUAGAGUAGCAAAAGCAGUGACUUU